CGGAUUUCCACAGCCGUCAUUCAACACCAGACAAUAGACAAUCUGUACACAGGUGUUUACUUUGCACAUGAUGAUUCAUGUGUUUUUUUCUGAAACUGGAGUCGCCCUUCAGUUCAAUUGACUCUGAAAUCAUUUAAAAUUAAUUUCUUAUCAUUGGGCCACCGAUAUUUGAGAAAAAGAAAAAACGGGCGGACUGUUAUAGAUCGUUUCAGGGAUUAUUGAUUUAACGUGAGACAGCGUGCACAUUAAACCCUGUGUUUUGACUCGCGGCUGCCCGGAUUCAUUGUGCGAUCGGUUGGCGGGAACUACCUGACAGGCCUGCGAGGCAAACCGAGGGCGGAAGGAGCACAAACACGCGCGUGACGUCAGCGGCAGUUGGACGCGAACUUCCGAGUCUCCACUUUUCUUGUAUCAACAGAGUUCAGUUUACGCGACGUGGAACCGAGGAGCAAACUCUCCCGCCAUUGUUUACCCCCUUCGUUUUUUUUGCGAACAUGACUCCCGUCGGUUUUUUGUCGGCGGUUCUGGUUCCGCUCGGUUGGAUGUUCGUCUCCGCCGCCGCGGAGGAGGCGGUGGCGGCAACGAACGUCCAACACGACGCCGCCGCCACCGCCGGCGGCCCCGCGGUGCCGCGACCGGCGGCGACCAACUCCAGCGGGGGGAACUCGACCAACAGCCGCGGCGGGAUGCUGGACGGCCUCGGGGCGGACAGCUCGAUGAUCCAGAGGGCCCUGUACGUCCUCAUCGGCAUCACCGCCAUCGGGGUCCUCUACUUCCUCAUCCGAGCCGUGCGUCUGAAGAGGCCGACGCACAAGAAGAAGUACGGCCUGCUGUCCAACUACGACGACUCGGUGGAGAUGGAGGCGGUGGAGAGCGAUGAGGACGACACGCUGUACGAGGCCCGCGGCCUCCGCAGAUGAGUCGUCUCGUGUUCGGCGGACCAAUCGGAGGAGUCGUGCGUUUACCGUCUGGUGAUAUUGAUUAUGGACAGCCGCAGGAGGAAGACGUGGACCAAACAGUUAUUGACCAUUGAUGCCAAAGCUGCUCGAGGACCCUCAGCAGGAUAAUCAUUCUUUUUUUUAAACUUGUAUUGGAAAAAGAAAGGAGUUAGUGGAGAAGCAAGCGUGAGGGUUCUGCGGAUGAUUACGAUAAUCCCCCUCUGCUUAUUACUAUUAUUAUUUCAAUGAAUUUUCUUUUUGCUUCCUUUUUCAUUCUGAGCCUUUUCUGCUCUGACUGCGUGCUUUAACUACUGCAAACUGACUCCAGACCAGCGCAUUCAGCUGAGCUGUGGACCUCCUGGUGUCGGCCUCGUGGAGACGGAGAGUUGAACCGACUCCGGUUUCUUCACAUUAGAUGUAGAUUGAUUAUUUUACGCGCGAUGAUAUCAUCCCCCGCCGGUCACGUCCCGAGGGAAGACACCAGCUCCGCGUUGGUUUUCUUAUUCUGCGCGUGAUUCUGUCUGCUUUCCAUAUCAAUGAUGGUGAGGAGGAAGAGGAGGUGUCAAUCAUCUCCUCUACUUUGAGUUUGACACAAAGGAAUCGUUGAAUCAAAUUUUCUGAUCUUGUGUGAAUUAAUUAAAAAGGAUCAUCUUUUCUUUUUCCAACAAGAUGUGAGAAGACUAAAAAACACAAUAAAACAAAUCCUGAAACCCAGAAAAUAAGAAACAGACCAAAAUAAUCUGACAUCAACGAGCAAGGACGGCUGAAAUAAAGAUGACAGAUCUCAGUAGUUUUAAAUUUGAAAAGUCAACUCGUUUGGAUGAAUGAGAUCCUCUGUUUACUUAAUGACUAGAAUAGCAACAUUACAUUUAAUCCAUCUGGAUUAAUAAUAAAAUAUUCUGGUCAAGUCAAUCUAUUAAUAUCCGGUCAGGUGUCACUUUUCUUCAGUGACUCUUUGUUUUUACGAAACGUUUCCUCUGGACUUACGUUUGUUUUUCUACAGACAUUUUGGUAUGAACUGUAAGGAAAAGUGUUUAAAGGAAAUAAAGUAUUUAUUUAUAAUUGA